AUGGACAAGCCUCUAAAGCGCUACUGGAUUAAUGAGCAAUUUUGGCAGCGUCCCGCAGGGCCCAUUUUCCUCUACAUUGGAGGGGAAGCUGCCCUCACGCCGUUUUCUGUGGUGGCCGGACAUCAUGUAGAUUUGGCAGAGAAGUACAAAGCGAUGGUGGUAGCAUUGGAACAUCGCUUCUAUGGGACCAGCCUUAAUCCUGAUGGUUUGCAGGAUGAAAAUCUUCAAUUCCUGUCUAGCCAGCAAGCUCUCUCUGAUCUGGUUGCCUUCCGCCAUUUUAUCACCGAGAAGUACAACUUGAGAGCAAAUCACACCUGGAUUUGCUUCGGAGGCUCGUAUCCUGGUUCUUUGGCUGCCUGGUUUAGGCUAAAGUUUCCCCAUCUGGUCUUUGCCGCCAUCGCUUCGUCCGCCCCAGUUAAAGCCCAGGUGGAUUUCACCGGCUACAACAAGAUUGUCGCUGCAAGUCUAUCGAAUCCAGUGGUUAAAGGUUCCAAAGAGUGCCUGCAAAGAGUGAGAGAGGCCUUCGCUUCCGUGGACAGCAUGGUGCGUGUCGGACGGCUGGCAAAACUCAGCCUAGAUUUCCACUCCUGCAGCCCUUUGCAAGGGGACAAAGACUGCCAAAUGUUGGUCGCCAACCUCGCCGACAUCUUCAUGGGAGCCGUGCAGUACAACUACGAGGCGAUCGUGUCGGGCACCGUGUUUAUUUGCAGAAUUCCGAGAGUCCUUAAGUCACCAGGACACGCUGGCUCUUCUUUGGGGCAGGUCAUCCUGGACCAGAUGGGAAUGCCGUGUUUGCAGAACUCUCACGAGGAAAUCCUGGAGGAGUUACGCAACAGCAGCAUUGCGAUGUCGGAUCUGGCGGAGAGACAGUGGUACUUUCAGACCUGCACGGAAUUUGGCUAUUACCAGACCUGCGAGGACCCAGAAUGCCCCUUUUCUCCCCGGAUGAGCUUGGCCUACCAGUUAGAUAUCUGCACUCAAGUCUUCAACAUCUCUUAUCGCAAUGUCAGCGAAGGCGUCUCUUUCACCAACGACUAUUACGGGGCCGAUCAUCCCAAAGCAAGCCGGGUUCUUUUUGUUAACGGCGACAUCGACCCUUGGCAUGCCCUGAGUGUCCUCAAGAACGAGUCCGCCUCGGAACUGGCCAUUUUAAUCAACGGCACUUCGCACUGUGCCAACAUGUAUUCUCCUGCACCCGGGGACCCUUGGUCCCUUAUCCGGGCCAGACAGCAAAUUACCGCCUGGGUUGGCAAAUGGCUGAAUUUAGCAAAAAUUCCCUGAGAUAACCUGAAGACAAGAAAGAAAAGUAGCCGGACCAUUUUGUGUAGCUAGAGAUACGAAGCAACGCUGUUUGGACUUGCCUUCACUUAGAGAUUUGCACGAAAUUCCUUCGGCACACAAGAAAACUACCUCUUUUGCCACCUUGGCUCUGCUUUUUAACUUUUUUAUAAAAAUAAAAAAAAAACCACUAUUUUGUAAAUGCACAUUUUUAAAAAAAAAUGAUUGAAUGAACUCUGUGGAUCUUGGCUGACUUAGCCUGUAGCACGAGGCCCUCACCGGGCUGGUACCUAUUGGGACAAAAUGUAAAUUUAUUACAAUAAGAAAUAAAGUUGAUAAACUGUAGUUAAGU